CUUAUAGGUCUAUGGGUAAUAGUUGAAUUUUUUUAGGUUAUGUUAAUUUAUCAUUUAUUUGUAGUAUGUUGAUGAUACAAUGAUGGGCCAUAGACGAAGGCGAUAGCGCUUCGUACCGUUUUGCUUUAUUUGAGUGUAUUAUAAUAUCGUGUUACAUUUUAUGUAUUUAAUAUUUAUGCUAAUUCCUUUUUCUUCUUGACGUUGUUAAUGAUAUUUAGUAGGUAUUUACAAAGUACAAACUAUAAUUCGGCUAGUUUGCUUGAAAUCAUCAUCCGAGAAUAUUAUUAUUCCAUUUGUUUAUAAUUUCUCAUUUGUUGAUUCAUGUACUUUAUGUCCGUUUAAUAUUUUUGAAAGAGCGUUCAAUCCAUCUUGCAAUGAGUGAAAAACCCUCGCAAAGUAAACCUAUCAUUGUCAGGAAUAAAGAAUCCGAAGUGGAUAUUUACACGGCGGUAGCAAAAUAUGAAGAAAAGCAAACAUCUAAUCGAGAUGAAAAUAAUGAUUCUGCAAUCUACUUUAAUACUUUACAUAAAUGGCAAGACAUAAUGAAAUGGAAUUAUGAGUUAAAAAACAAGGAAAACUCACCAAAAGAAAAACUUGAAGAAUACAAAAAUGAUGUGAUACAUUUAUUUUUAAUUUUAAAAAAGUUAAACAGACUUGAUAAAAUACGCUCGAAACAAAAGAAAGAUUUAUUAAAUAAAAAAAAACAAGAGAUUGAUAGUAAACAUUUACAGCAAGAAAAUCUUCUAAACGAAUUGUUUUAUUUAAAAAAAGAAAUAUCCAAGUGCCUUCAAUACAAAUCUAGUGAUACUGAUAUUGAUCUUGUACCAUUAGAAACAUUUUGUUUAGAGUCGCCAGAUUCAGCCGAUUAUAUUGAUAAAUUAAAAAGUGGACUGAUUAAUGAACACGAUUUACAUAUAAAACGUCUGCAAUGGGAAUUUGAACAGAGGCAAACUCAACAACAACAGUGUGAUGAAGUAGAAAAAAAUAAAGAAAUUAUACUUUCUGAAAUUCAGGAAGAGAGCAGGAUAUUACAAAGUAUUUUACCUAUGCUUAAAGACAUACGCACGGCUGCUCAACCUUUACAACAAAGUUUUGGAUUAGCUCCUUGUCAAGCAAGAUCAUAUGCAGAUAUUGUGAAUCUAUUGCCCAAGCCCUUAUAUUAUUUAUACAUACAAACAGAUGCAUAUAGGGUAGCUUGCAAAUCAAAAUUCACUGUUUCAAUUAAUGGUGAUGAAGAAGAAGCUAGAAGAUUUGAUUCUAAUAAGAAUAACGUUGUUGAUACUAACUCUGAUGAGGAAGUAGAUGUGCCUAAACCAAAAAAACGUCAUCAUAAGAAAUCACGAACAGAUACAAAAUCUGUACAACAAAAAAGUUUACUUUCAAAACAUCCUCUAUCGGUUAAAUUAACAUUAAGUUUAAAAAACAAUACUCAGUUUGUUAUGGAAUUUUUUUAUUUGGUUAAUUUAAAUUUAAUUACUGUUACUGUUACCUCAUCUUGGUCUGGAUUUUCUUCAUCCUACUCAAGAGAAUUGCUUUCACCAAGUUCUAUACUUGAUGCAUUGUUCUCAGGUGAUAAUGGCAAAGAAAGUCCUCAUAUAGUGAACUUCCAUCAAUUAGAAGAAGAAAAAACUGAAUUCAACACUAUGGAGGUAGGAAAACCUUACAUUUGGGCUCAAAGUAUAUGUGGCUUGGAUUUUUUAAAUCCUAAUGUACCUGAUUUUUUAAUUUCAAGAAAUCAUAUUGCUCAAGUAUUAAAGGCAAUUAAUAAUCGCCUUAAAACUCGACUUUCAUUGAUUACUCAGCUAGACUGUAGUGACUUAGAACGAAGGUUCAGUGUAAAUGGAGUUAAUUUAACUUCAGUUUUAUCCCCAUGGAAUACAAUGGCAUGGGAAAAUUUUAUUAAACUUGAAUAUUGUAAACCACAUGUUGAAUUUGGAACAGUGACAGAAAAUGAUUUAUUAUUUAAACGUGUAGUAAAUUAUAAAACAGCAACACUGACUGUGGUGAUGGUAAUUAAAUGUGAUUACCCAAAGAGUAAUCCUAUUUUCACACUUCAACUAAAUAUGCCAACUACAAAUGAAGGAAUGUCUGUUUUAAAUUCUACAAAUAAUAAUUCUGUUAGAGAAUUGGAGAGAGAAAUUAAUGUUUUUCAUGAACAAAUUGAAGAUGAAGAUAUUAAUGAAAUGUUAAUCAACAUAAUUGGUCGUCUUGUUGUUUGUUUUGAAGUGAUGAUGGAGACCUGGGGACAUUCAGAUUUUCCCAAAACUAAAACAAUUUUAUACAACAUAAGGGGUCGAGCUAGAAAUCAUCCAUUCAAGGCUGUUAAACAUCAUUCAGGAAUUAUUUUUGAACACCGUUAAACAUUUUAUAUUUAUUUAAGAUGUACGAAUUCUAUAAUAUGCACAUCUUAUUGAGUAUUAAAUAUAUGGUUUUUGUGUUUUUGUAUAUGAUACAUGUUAUAGUACAAUAUAUGAAUGCUAGAAGUUCCAUUGUAAUUAUUUAAGAUUUUUCAAAUUUUAAUUAAAAGAGAUGUAGAUUUUAAAAAUUAUUCUUUAAACAUAAGACAUUAGUAUUUUAAACUUUGUAAUUCAUACAAUUUCUUUCAAUUAUAUACAUAAAUUCCAAAAUUACUUAAUAAUAUUUACCAAGUGUAUUAAUAAAAUAAACUUGAUUUUAACAUGUAUUUUAUUUAUAUUA